ACGGGACGACAUUAUGGAAUACGUCUCAACAAAGCCAAGGAUUUCGCCUUGAAUUCUGACUUUCUCUGAGGCAAAUGAAAUUCAAGCGAGCUAUACCUUGACCUCAUUAAACGGAAUUAUGUUAUCAACAAUUUUCUGGAGACCUGCUUUUACACAUUUUCUGCUGGGACUGCUGGGUUGUUACCAGGAAGCGGCGACGACGCAGCUGUUUUAUUCUGUUUCAGAGGAGGUAAAACCGGGCACUAACAUAGCAAACAUUGCGAAGGACCUCAACUUGAACGUGCAGGAUUUGGACUCCCGCUUGUUUCAAAUUGUUGCAUCUAAAAAUAAAUACUUUGACGUCAAUUUAAAGACCGGAUUUUUGAUCACUAGUGAGAGGCUCGAUCGAGAAGAGCUGUGUGCAGACGAGUCCAAAUGCAUUGUCAGCCUGGAGGCUGUAAUAAACAACCCGUUGAAGUUGUAUCGCGUGGAGAUAGAAAUUAAAGAUGUCAACGAUCAUUCUCCUGCUUUUAACGCGAGAUCGCAACUGCUGGAUGUUGCAGAAAAUACCUCGCCUGGGUUUAAACUGGCCUUGUCGGAGGCAAGCGACGCCGAUGUAGGUACAAAUGGCGUUAGUGGCUACAAGCUCAGUCCAAAUGAAUAUUUCAGCCUUGUCACACACAAAAGAGGAGCGAGCAUAUCUCCAGAACUCGUGCUGCAAAAAAACCUAGAUAGAGAGAAAAAAUCGAAUAUAAAACUUAUGUUGACUGCAUUCGACGGAGGCUCUCCGGCAAAUUCAGGCACAUCAGAGAUUGAAAUAAAUGUCUUGGACAUAAACGAUAACGCACCUAUUUUUAGCAGUAGUCUUUACAAGAUUAACGUGCUAGAAAAUGUCCCAUUUGGUACUGAAAUUCUGACUUUAAAUGCCACAGACGCAGAUGAAGGAUCAAACAGUGAGAUAGUGUUCUCUCUUCGCAGUAAAGAUCAAGAUUAUGUUCUUGAUAUUUUCAAAAUAGACUCUGAAACGGGAGUCAUUUCAGUGAAAGGUGAAAUCGACUAUGAAGAAAAAAAAGCUUUUGAGAUCCGUGCCGAAGCAAGAGAUAAAGCCCAGCCUCCUUUGUCUGCUCACAGUAAAGUGCUGGUUGAAGUCAUAGAUGUUAAUGAUAAUGCCCCUGAAAUCACCGUUACGUCACUUGCGAGUAGUGUCAGGGAGGACGCUGCCGUCGGUACCGCUAUUGCUCUUGUUUCGAUACUGGACAGAGACAGUGGUAGAAAUGGCGAAGUUGCCUGUAAGAUUGUGAACACAGUUCCUUUCAAACUCGAGAAGAACUAUAAAAACUAUUACUCGCUGGUUGUUGAUGAGCAUUUAGACAGAGAGGUGACCUCUCAGUACAAUGUGAUAAUAUUAGCUUCAGAUGAGGGGCAACCGCCUCUCUCAAACACCAGCGUUGUUACUGUUUUUGUCUCUGAUGUAAAUGACAAUGCACCAGAUUUUCGGGAACCUGUUAUAAACAUAUAUUUGAGAGAAAACAGUAAAGUUGGAACAAUAAUUAAAACAGUGACAGCAGUUGAUGUUGACAUAAAUAAAAACGGUCAGGUGAGCUAUUCGGUUCUGGAAACGAACAGUAAAGGGCAGCAUUCCACCCCGAUAAUUAGUAUUAAUUCUGAAUCUGGAGAUAUAAUAAGCCUGCAGUCUUUCAAUUAUGAGGAAGUAAAAACUUUUCAGUUUAAGGUUAAGGCAACAGACUCUGGUGUUCCUCCACUCAGCAGCAACGUUACUGUUAAUGUUUUAGUCCUGGAUGAAAAUGAUAAUAAUCCAACUAUUUUAGCUCCUUAUUCUGAGCACGGCUCUGUUAACAGUGAGACCAUCCCUUAUUCUGCUGAAGCGGGAUACUUUGUAGCAAAGAUCAGGGCUGUGGACGCAGAUUCUGGAUACAACGCGCUGCUUUCUUAUCACCUGUCGGAGCCCAAAGGAAACAACCUGUUCAGGAUCGGAACCAGCACCGGAGAAAUCAGGACUAAGAGGAGAAUGAGCGACAAUGACCUAAAAAGUCACCCACUGGUGGUGUUAGUUUCUGAUAAUGGAGAACCUUCUCUGUCAGCCACUGUUUCUAUUGAUGUGAUGGUGGUUGAAAGCACAGCUGAUGUCCAGACUCAGUUCAGACAUGUUCCUAUAAAGGAGGACAACUUCUCUGAUUUGAACUUGUAUCUACUGAUCGCCAUCGUGUCAGUGUCUGUGAUCUUUCUGCUGAGUCUCAUCAGUUUAAUAGCUGUCAGAUGCCACAGGACAGACAGUGAUUUCAGCAGGUACAGCGCCCCAUGAUCACCACCCAUCCUGACGGGAGCUGGUCUUACUCUAAAGCUACUCAGCAGUAUGACGUGUGUUU